UUAGGUAACAAAAGAAAAUUUUGAUACAUCAUACUUUCCAAAGCAUGAGACGUCUAUCAGACGAGAAGAAGUAUGAACUCUUGGCAUUUUGAGGUGACGAGGCUGGCAAGGCUGUCGAAUUUUGUGCCUGGCCGCGCGAGGCAGCCACAGGGUCAAUGAGAGAUUCGAGAGCAUCACCAUCAUUUCCGCAAAGCAAAGCAUCAUGGACGACGACGACGAUUUCGGCGCCGAUGCGGACUUUCUCGCAGCUCUUGCAGCAAGUGAGGUCUCUACUCCAACUCCUAGAGUGCAGCAACCGACACCGCAAAAGAUACAGCAGCCUACCCCUCAACGCCUCGACCGCGCCCCUCCUACCACGACCUCUUCUGGCCCAAAAGUCGUCCAACCUACACCUCAAGCCAUAGCAUCACGGUCGACAGGCUCUUCAAUUCUCGUGUCCCCGCGGCAGAAGGGCAAUCCGAUCCUCACAAACCUUCGGUCCUUCGCCUGGGAGUACUCAGAUAUCCCAGCAGACUAUGUCCUUGGCCUGACAACAUGCGCGCUUUUCUUGUCUCUGAAGUACCACCGACUCCAUCCUGAAUACAUUUAUAACCGAAUCAAAGCUCUACAAGGAAAAUACAACCUUCGAGUCUUAUUGACUAUGGUGGACAUUGGCAACCAUGAGGAUAGUUUGAAAGAGCUGUCGAAAACGAGUCUGGUCAAUAACGUCACUAUAAUCCUAUGCUGGAGUGCUGCAGAGGCUGCAAGAUACCUAGAGCUAUACAAGAGUUACGAACAUGCGAAUCACAGUGCUAUCAGAGGAACCGAGAGCAAAGGAUAUGCAGAAAAGAUGGUGGAUUUUGUGACUGUGCCGAGGAGUAUCAACAAGACAGAUGCAGUAUCCUUGGUCAGCGCUUUCGGUAGCAUCAGAGCCGCUGUGAAUGCAAGACCAGAGGAAAUAGCUGUUGUUGGUGGAUGGGGAGAAAAGAAGGUCAAGCGAUGGUGUGCUGUGGUUGAUGAACCGUUCAGAGUUAGAAAAGCUGCUAAGAGAGGCUUGACAAGGAAGGAGACGACCCAGGAUGGAGAGGAGGUCGAAGGUGUAUUGGACAAAGCUUUACCAUUGAGUCGUGUACCUUUGAGGGAUAUGCCUGCUCUGAGGAACAAUCAAUCCACGGAACCAAGAGAGUCUGCCCGAGGGACAGAGACGAAUAAACAGUUCCAGAUGUGGGACCCUGACGAUGAGGACGAGGAUGCACUCAUUGCUGCUGCUAUGGAAGAAGAAGCCAGGAUCGAAAAAGAGAUAGGACAGGAGAAGGCAAGGAAAGAUGAUGAGCUUAGUGGGGGAGUGGCAGCUGCGUUGGCAAGGCUACGAGAGAAGGGAUAA